UUGGUCUAUGGCUAAUCAUAUGAAUAUUCUAAAAUUUCAAUUUUUGACUUGCAGUGAAAGAAAGGGAGUGAGUGAAAGUGAAACCCUUUUUAUAUUUCCAUCGCCGAUCUCUCUUCAGAUCACAACACUAGUUCAUUUGCUUCUUCUCCGAUAAUCUCAGAUUUUCAGCAAAGAUGACUCAAGAUGUCGAGAUGAAAGAGCAAGCAGCUCCUUCUAAUUCUGUUUCGUCAACUGGUCCUUCUGCUUUGCAGCAAUUGAAGGAGAUUGCAUCGUUAAUUGAGACUGGUGCGUAUGCCCGGGAGGUUCGUCGGAUUGUGCGUGCGAUUCGCCUAACCAUUGCAUUGAGGCAGAAGCUGAAAGCUUCUGUGCUCUCUGCAUUCUUGAAUUUUGUCCUUGUGCCAGGAUCUGAGGUGCACAGUCGGUUAUCGUCUUAUCUCCCCAAG